UAAUUAUGGCGUCACGAGUGAUUAAGAAGCAGCUGGGAAAUUAUUAAACAAUGGGGAAAUGCCUCAUUUUCUUCUUCUGAUUUUUUUUUUUUUUAAAUAUUUGUGAAUUUUUUACCAGAGGCGGAUGCGUCUGUUCAACAGUUUCUCCGGCGAAGUACGAUGGCCGGAAACAAACCGGAUUCGAGUCUCUACCAGGUUCUGGUGGAGUGGUGCCAGAGAAUGGAGACGAGCCAAGCGAGACUAAGGGAGGAUGUGGAUGAUCUGCUCCUCCAGGAGGAGAGGCGAGUCGGUGUCGAAGCGGCGCCGGAAUUGGAGGCUGAAGCGGGAGCGGAGGUGGAGGAUUCGUGGGAUAGCCCGUCGGCGACCUGGGAGAGAGCGGUUUCGGGGUUCUACUUCGCCGAUAGUGCGUACCGGACGUUGAUGGAUUCAAUGGGACACGCGAUUCAUGUUACAUCCGCUGGGUCUGGAGAAAUCACAUUCUGGAGUCGUUCUGCUGAGAAUCUCUAUCACUGGUAUGCUGAGGAAGUUGUUGGCUACAGAACGAUUGAUGUGCUUGUAACCGAGGAGUACCGUAAUUGCCUUACGAGUAUCCGGAACAGGGUGUGCCGUGGCGAGACCUGGACCGGUCAGUUUCCAUUUCAGAAGAAAACAGGUGAACUGUUCAUGGCGCUGGUGACUAAAAGCCCGGUGUAUGAAGGCGGAGAGCUUGUUGGUGUUGUUACAGUCUCGAGCGAUGCAACGCUUUUCAAUAGGAUGCAUCCGUUAAGUAGUGAGCAUCAACGACAAGCACACGGUAAUAGACACGAAUCAAACUUGAGAAAGCACCAAUGGCACCUCCCGAGACCACAGAUCGCUGCAGCACCACAGGUUCCAGUUGUCCCGCAGAUAUCAUCAACUGUUUCAAACCUGAAGGCGUCGAAGCUUCUACCACAGAGAAAUGGAGAUGAUUCUUUCAAUGGAAAUCAGAGUUCUAGGAACAGAGAUGAAAAUGUUCCGGUUGUUGCAUCCACUACUUUCGAAAAGUAUGGCUCAAUGGCGGAUAAGUUUUGGGGGAAGCUGCAAAGGAAGAUUACUGGCAGCCAAGGAAAUGAAGAUAAUGAGUCUAUCUUAGGAAGUGGAAUUAAUAAGACGGUCGGUGGCAGUGGAUCUAUUUUUAAGGCUUCUAAUUCAGUUAGCUGCACGACCAUCAGAGACAAUGGCAAUGGAAAGCCGAAAAUGGCUGAAUCUAGUUUAUUAGAUGUGUAUGGUGGUGGAGCUCGAGGUUUGAGUGAAGAGAGACACAUAGUGCCACCUACUAAAGACCGCUUUCAGUUUAUUGGGAAUAUGAGUCAAAGGAAACCACCCAAAGGACCAGAAACUGGUUUGACUUCUGGCAGGGGAACAAGAAUGUCCGACUUGAAUGGUUCAUUUGCUGCGGUUCAUCGAGGUGUUUGGAAUGGAUCCGAUGUUGCUAUUAAGGUUUACUUUGAGGGUGAUUACAAUGCGAUGACUUGGAUGGAGUGCAAAAAGGAGAUCAACAUUAUGAAGAAACUGAGACAUCCGAAUGUGCUGUUAUUUAUGGGAGCAGUAUGUUCGGAAGAAAGAUCUGCCAUAGUCAUGGAGUAUCUGCCAAGUAAGGAUUCUCCAUUGUUGUUGCAGGCUAGAGGAAUGAAUUACUUACACCGCAGAAACCCGCCAAUAGUACAUAGAGACUUGAAAUCAUCCAAUCUUCUCGUAGACAGAAACUGGAAUGUCAAGGUUGGAGACUUUGGGCUGUCGAAGUGGAAGAACGCAACCUUCUUAAGCACUAGAUCCGGGAAAGGAACACCACAGUGGAUGGCACCUGAAGUUCUCAGGAGUGAACCUUCGAAUGAGAAGUGUGAUGUGUUCAGCUUUGGAGUCAUAUUAUGGGAGCUAAUGACUACCUUAAUACCAUGGGACCGUCUAAACUCUAUACAGGUUGUUGGAGUUGUCGGGUUCAUGGACCGACGGUUAGACUUGCCUGAAGGAUUAAAUCCCCGAAUCGCAUCCAUAAUUCAAGAUUGUUGGCAAACUGAUCCAGCAAAACGACCGUCGUUUGAGGAGAUAAUAAGUCGGAUGAUGAGCCUGUUCCGCAAAGCGGGGUCGGGUGCACAAGAAGACGAGGAUUGACAAAGGUAAAUGCUGCUUCAAGGUUCAGAGGAUUUGUUUACACAAAAGCAAAAAGUUUCGUUCUCAUCAUCACUUUAUAGUUAGUAUACAGAUGGUCUCAUUAUAUUAUGCCAAACACUAAUUAUAUGUUUUCGUCUCUAAAUUAAAAAACAAUAAAGCACACUUGCUGAAAUCAAAGAAAUAUAGAUAGAAGUAUACAGAGAUGUGUUCGGUUCUGUUUUGGAAAAUGUAUAACAGGAAUAGAACCGAGUUUUACGGUUCAGUUUGGUUAUACGCUAUUUCCCGAUUCUCUUGCGAUAAAAAAAAGUUCGUUUCGGUUUCGUAAAAUGG